AUGGUCGCGUCCCUGGUCGGCGAGGAGGCUGCAGAGGAAGCUGCCAGGAAGCUGGACGAGGAGCGGAAGAGGCUGAAAAAGGCCAAGAAGGCGGGCGCCGCCAAGGCCAAGGCGGCGCCUGGCGACGAAGCAGAGCCGGAAGCGCAGCGCGGCGCGCCCGCGGCGGCGGAGGCGGCGCGGGCGGCGCCCAGCCCGUCGCGCGGCGGGGAGGACGCCGGCGGCGGCGCGGACGAGGCGUGGGCGGAUGCGGUUGAGGGGCCUGGCGAGGACGAGGAGGACGAGGGGGCCUACGAGGACGCUGAGGAGGAGGGCGAGGACGGCGCGUUCACGGUGGACGAGGCGGGGCGGAUCAUAUUGGACCCCCGCCAGAUCAUGCGCACGAGCGCGGACAGCGGGGAGGGCAGGGACGCCAGGGAGCCGCGCGGCGGCGGCGGCCGAGCGGCGGAGCGCGACCGCGACCGCGGCCGGCGGGAGCGAGAGCGGGAGCGGCCUGCUGAGCGGGAGCAGGAGCGCGAGCGGCCGUCCGAGCGGGAGCGGGAGCGCGCCGGGGAGCGCGGGGAGCGGCGGCAGUCGCGGGCGCCGCGAGACGUGAUGAGCGCGGCGGUGGCGGCUGCCGCGGCGUCCACGGCGGCUGGGGCUCGGGGGCUCCACAGCGCUGGCGACGGGGACGGCGGCGCCGCAGGCCGCCGGAGGGGCGGUGGAAAGGCCCCGGAGCAGGGAAGCUCGGAGGGGCAGGCCGCAGUGGCAGUCACAGGCCAGGGCGCCCCGCAGGGGUACCGCCAGCAGCAGCAGCAGAACGCCGAGCAUCCUCAGCAGCCUCAGCAACAUAAGGAUUCAUCCCAGCAGCAGCAACCCCAGCAGCAGCAGCAGCAGCAGCAGCAGCAACACGUGAACAGGGUCAAGCCGGGCCCCGUGGAGCACCCGAACGACGUGGCUAUAAACGCGAACGGCUACCUCCGGCCGCUCGAGUGGCGCUCACUCACGCAGCCGCCGCCGCAGACGCUGCCCGUGUGCAGGCUGUGCGCCUUCCGCGGCCACUCCGCGCACUGCCCGUUCAAGCCGUGCCGGCGGUGCGGCCGGAGGGGCCACCAGACGGGCAUGUGCGGCUUGGAGUGCGGCAGAUGCAAGCUGCACCCGGGGUCAAGCUUUCCGAACGAGCAGCACGACGAGCACGAGUGCCCCUUCCCCCAGUGCGCCUACUGCGACCGGGUGGGGCACUACACUGACGAGUGCAUCCAUGCGCCCGCCGGUGCGCACAAGGCCGUGCUCCCGAGCCCCGCGCCGCGCCUGGUCCCUGGGCUCGACGCGCCCCCGCAGGCGCAGCAGGCCGCGGCGCGGCCGCGCGCGCAGCAGCAGAAGCAGCCGCCCCAGCAGCAGCAGCAGCAGCAGCAGCAGCAGCAGCAGCAGCCGCCUCAGCAGCAGCAGCGGCAGGUGCUCGUGGCGGAGCCCCCCCAGGAGUCCCUGCCGCCGGGCAUGUCACCCGACCAGGCCGUGGAGGCGCUGGUGGCCCGCAUGUUUGAGGUGCCCCAGUUUUCAGAGGCGGUGAUGGCCUAUUUGGAGGAGGACCGGCGGAGGCAGCUGCUGGCCGCGGCGCAGGAGGGGUAUGGGACGCUGGUGACGGCCAUAGGGCGGCAGGACGUGGCCGCGCUGCGCGCGCUCGUGGAGCGGCUCAGCCGGCAGCACGACGCGCGGCUGCGGCGGCGAACGCAGCAGGGGCAGGGCGCGCAGCAGCAGCAGCAGCAGCAGCAGCAGCAGCCGCAACAGGAGCAGCAGCUGCAGCAGCAGCAGCAGCAGCAGCCGCAGCAGCGGCGGCGGGCGGCGGCGGCGGGGGAGCGGGAGCAGCAGGACGCGCAGCAGCAACGGCAGCAGCAGCAGGCGCAGGCGAGCAGGACCGGCAGUGGCUUCGACGCCAAUGGACAGCUUCCGCUGCUGCAGCAGCAACAGCAGCGACAACACAGUCCGCAGCCCUGGCCACGGCACGAGCAGCAGCAGGAGCAUGAGAACGAGCAGAAGCAGCAGAAGCAGCAGCAGCAGCAGCAGCAGGAGAAGGAGCGAGAGCAGCAGGAGCUGGCAGCACCUCCUGACUAUCAUCAGCAGCAUCAACACGCAGGUGACCGUGGUGGCCGAGGCCGGGGCGCCGGCCCGGCCGCCCCGACCGUCAGCUUUGCCGCGGCGCAGCGCGGCGGCCCCGAGGGCGACGACACGACGCCGAUGCCGCUGCCGCUGCCGCCGCUGUCGCCGCAGCAGCGGCCGCCGCUCCCGCUUGUGCACCCCGGCCUGCCGCGUGGGGACAGCAUUGGCAGCGCCAGCGCGCCGGCGCCCGGCGACCCGUGGACCCUUGGGAAUGCGGAGGACGAGGACUUCCGGAGCGGCGUGCUGCAGCAGCUGCGCACCGCCGUCCCGCGGCCCCCCGCGCCCAGCACGCCGGGCGCCCCGCACGGCGACCACCCCGCCGGCCCCCCGCCCGGCUUCGCGCCGCCCCCGACGCCGCCGCGGCAGCACCACCCGCACCCCCACCUCGCGCUGGCGGCCGAGCCGCCGCGCCCGCACCCGCACCACCUGCCGCCGCCGCACCUGCUGCCGCCGCCGGAGCCGCCCACAGAGGAGUUUGUCCUUAACGUCCUCCUUUAUGAGGAUCUCGCAUACAUGGAGCCCACGGCGCGCGAGUCCCUGCAGCAGCGCUUCACAGCGGCCCCGGGCACCCCCCUGUUGGAGCGGCUCGCGUUGACGACCGCCGCGCUGGGCCUCCCCGCGGCGCCCGAGGACCGGCUGCGGGAGAAGGCAGCGGCCGUCGCGGCGCAGCGGCACGGCAUGUACAUGCAGCAGCUGCAGGCGAUGGCGCAGCACCAGCAGCAGCAGCAGCAGCAGCACCCGCCGGCGCCGUAUGGCGCGCCGCUGGUGGGCGGCGCCCCGCCCGGCUUCUCGCUGGCCCCGCCCGGCCCACCGCUGCCCGGCGCGCCGCCGCGGCCGCUCCUGCCCCACCUCGCGCCCUACGGGCCCGCGGGCGCAGCGCCGCCCCAGCAGCCGCCGCCGCACGUCGCGCAUCCGCAUGCGCAGCGGCCCGCGCUGCAGGCGGGGCAAGGGGGCGCGGCGGGCGUGGCGAGCGAGGAGGCCGGUUCGGAUGAGGACGACCUCAUGGCGCUGCUGGGCAUGGAGGGCCAGGAGGAGGGGCAGGAGGGGGUGCCGCGGCGCGCCGACGAGGACGCUGACGAGGACGCUGACGAGGACGACCUCGGUGGCAGCCAGGACGAGGCCCCGUGGGAGGUGCCGGACGCCCCCGACCGCGCCGCCGCGCCUGCGCAGCCGCGCACCUGGGCGCGCCUCGCACCCGCUGCGCCCUCAGCCGCCGCCGCCGCGGAGUACCCUGCCUCUGGGCCUGCCGCGACUUCCGGCUGCGGCUGA